GAGCGGUGUUUAAGCAGGGCUCGGUCGGUUUCUCUCUGGUUUGGCCAUUCCUGACUAAAUCGUGCUUGGGCCUUUGUUACAGCCCAUUUCCCAGAACCUUCUGAGUGCAGGAUUUGAAGUUGUUUGCCGGGCAGACAUUUUAACUCCGGACAGCCAUAACUCGUGAAUGUAGUAUAUAUUGUAUGUUGUGGCGACAUACAAGUGAUGCAAGCAAACUCUCACUUAACCAUGAUUUUUACUGGUGUCAUUUUGGGUUUACCCACACGUUGAAGACAGGCAUCUGUAUGACAUGCUGAGGAAGUGUGAAUUCCAAAAAUUGAUCUUAUUUGAGAAUGGAGAGAAAAGGUACCUUGUUGUCCUUAACUGACUUUCCUGGGCGGUACUCUUUCAGGAGUGUUUGCUUUCCCUCCCAGCAAAUAUGGAGGAAGACUGAUUCCUGAUAUUCUCACACAUUCUGUGCCGUGAUCUACUCUACUAAAAGCUAGAAUGAAACAGUUGCCUGCAGCAACAGUGCGCCUCCUUUCAAGUUCUCAAAUAAUCACUUCAGUGGUCAGUGUGGUUAAAGAGCUCAUUGAAAACUCCUUGGAUGCAGGUGCCACAAGCAUAGAUGUUAAACUGGAGAACUAUGGAUUUGAUAAAAUUGAGGUGCGAGACAAUGGUGAGGGUAUCAAGGCCAUUGAUGCACCUGUAAUGGCAAUAAAAUACUAUACUUCAAAAAUAAGUAGUCAUGAAGAUCUUGAAAAUUUGACAACUUACGGUUUUCGUGGAGAAGCCUUGGGAUCAAUUUGUUGUGUAGCUGAGGUUUUAAUUACUACAAGGACAGCUUCUGAUCAUUUUAGCACCCAGUAUGUUUUAGAUGGCAGCGGCCACAUAAUUUCUCAAAAACCUUCACAUCUUGGUCAAGGUACAACUGUAACUGCUUUAAGAUUGUUUAAGAAUCUACCUGUAAGAAAGCAGUUCUACUCAACUGCUAAAAAAUGUAAAGAUGAAAUAAAAAAGGUCCAGGAUCUCCUCAUAAGCUAUGGUAUACUUAAGCCUGACUUAAGGAUUGUUUUUAUACAUAACAAGGCAGUUAUUUGGCAGAAAACUAGAGUAUCUGAUCAUAAGAUGGCUCUCAUGUCUGUUCUGGGGACUGGCGUUAUGGGCAAUAUGGAAUCCUUUCAGUAUCACUCUGAAGAGUCUCAGAUUUAUCUAAGUGGAUUUCUUCCAAAGCAUGAUGCAGACCACUCUUUAACAAGUCUUUCAACCCCAGAAAGGAGUUUUAUCUUUAUAAACAGUCGACCAAUACAUCAAAAAGACAUAUUAAAGCUAAUCCGACAUUAUUACAAUCUGAAGUGCCUAAAGGAAUCUACUCGCUUGUAUCCCAUUUUCUUUCUGAAAAUUGAUGUUCCUACAGCUGAUGUGGACAUAAAUUUAACACCAGAUAAAAGUCAAGUGUUAUUACAGAAUAAGGAAUCUGUUUUAAUUGCUCUUGAAAAUCUGAUGACGACUUGUUAUGGAUCACUACCUAGUACAGAUUCUUACGAAAAUAAUAAAACAGAUGUUUCCUCAGCUGACAUGGUUGUUAGUAAUACAACAGAAACAGAUGUGCUUUUUAAUAAGAUGGAAUCAUCUGGAAAUAAUUAUCCAAAUGUUGAUUCUUCAGCCAUUCCUUUCCAAAAUGAUGUGCAUAAUGAUAAAUCUGGGAAAAACACUAAUUAUUGUUUAAAUCAUCAGGUACAUGUUGAUGACCAUUAUGAUAAUUUUAAUAGUGAAAAUUCUAACGUUGAUAAAAACACUAGAAAUACAUUUCAACAGAUCCCAGUGAAUAAUUUAUCAUGUGAGGAUGCCCAGAAGGAAUGUAGUGAAACUUGUUUUGUAAGUUCUGUUAAGCAGACCCAAUCAGAAAAUGGCAAUAAAAACAGUAGAGAUGAGAGUAAGAAAAAUGAGGAAGCAGCAGUUCCUGAGAAGUCUUUGGAAAUCUGUGCAGAUGACUGGAGCAAGGGAAAUACACUUAAAAAUUCAAUGGGAGAAAACAUUGAACCUGUGAAAAUUUUAGUGCCUCAAGAAAGUUCAGUAUGUAAACUCAAUAAUAAUGCUUAUCCAAGCCCUGAACAAAAGAAUCUCAGUGAAGGUUCCUGUAACAAAAAAUCAAAUGUAGUAGAUAACAAAUCUGGACAGCUUACAGCGUAUGAUUUAAUUAGCAAUCGGGUAAUCAAGAAACCCAUGUCAGCAAGCGCCCUUUUUGUUCAAGAUCAUCGUGCUCAGUUUCUCACAGAAAAUCCUAAGACCAAUUUGGAGGAUACAACAGUACAAAUUGAAGAACUGUGGAAGACAUUGAGUGAAGAGGAAAAACUGAAAUAUGAAGAGAAGGCUACUAAAGAUUUGGAACGAUACAAUAGGCAAAUCAAGAGAGCCAUUGAAAAGGAGCCACAAAUAUCAUUUAAGGAUGGCAGAAAAAAGAUAAAGCCCACCAGUGCAUGGAAUUUGGCACAGAAGCACAAAUUGAAAACUUCAUUAUCUAAUCAGCCAAAAGUUGAUGAGCUCUUUCAAUCCCAAAUUGAAAAAAAGAACCAAAACAUUAAAAUAGUUCAGAUCCCCUUUUCUAUGGAAAACUUAAAAAAAAAUUUUGAGAAACAUAAAAUUGACUUAGAAGAGAAGGAGGAACUUUGCUUGCUUCACAAUCUCAAGUUUCCUGAUGCAUGGCUAAUUACAUCCAAAACAGAGAUAAUGUUAUUAAAUCCUUACAGAGUGGAAGAAGCCCUGCUAUUUAAAAGACUUAUUGAGAAUCAUAAACUUCCUGCAGAGCCACUGGAAAAGCCCAUUAUAUUAACAGAGAAUCUUUUUAAUGGAUCUCAUUAUUUAGAGAUUUUAUGUAAAAUGACCACAGAUGAUCAGAGAUAUAGUGGAUCAACUUACCUGUCUGAUCCUCGUCUCACAGCAAAUGGUUUCAAGAUAAAAUGGAUACCAGGUGUUUCCAUUGCCGAAGACUACUUGGAAAUAGAAGAAAUGGCUAAUUGUCUCCCAUUCUAUGGAGUGAUGGACUUAAAAGAAAUUCUUAAUUCUAUAUUAAACAAAAAUGCAAAGGAAGUUUAUGAGUGUAGACCUCGCAAAGUGAUAAGUUAUUUAGAGGGAGAAGCAGUGCGUCUAUCUAGACAGUUGCCCAUGUACUUAUCCAAAGAGGACGUCCAAGACAUUAUCUACAGAAUGAAGGACCAAUUUGGAAAUGAAAUUAAAGGGUGUGUUCAUGGUCGCCCAUUUUUUCAUCAUUUAACCUAUCUUCCAGAAACUACCUGAUUAAAUAUGUUUAAGAAAAUUUGUUACUAUUGAAAUUGAUUUGGUAAUAAAAUAAUAUGAGUCAGUUUUUAAACCA